AUGAACUAAUCUAACUCAUCAACCCCAAUUAAUACGGUCACAGUAUAUCAAUAUGGUCAGAAUCCUAUGUAAGUCAGUUUGGCAUAAGCGAAUUCACUUGAUAGUCUAAUUAAGUUAGUUAGUAGGAAGCUGUCUUUUAAGAAAAUUAGACUUUUUGACCAUAAAUGCUAAGAAUUGUUCGAUGAAGAUCUUAAAUACCUCAAGAAUGGGAACAAAAUCUAUAUAACAACCAAUGGUAAGUGUUUGGAUGGUCGAUUUGUCUUGUUUGAAUAUAAUCCUAUAUCAGUCCUGUGCAAAGGUGGUUAGGCGACGGUAAUGUUGAUUUCCCAUAAAACUACUUGUGAGGAGCGAGCUCUCAAGUUUAUAAGUGAAGGCUAGGAGAAUUAAUACUUGUAUAUUGCUCGGGAGGCAGUGAUAUUGGAAUAAUUAAAACAUCGAAAUAUAGUCAAACUCCAUAAAUAUAAGUUGUUCCCAGAGAGGUCAGAGGCAGUGUUGGAAUUGGAAUACUUGAAAGGAGGGUCCUUGUUGGAUUAUGUGUUAGAUCAUGGUGCUUUAGACGAACCAACUGCUCGCAUUUUUUUUAAUCAGAUUUUGGAUGGCAUCUCUUACUGUCACAAAAACAAUGUAAUUCAUAGAGAUUUGAAGUUGGACAACAUACUUCUUUGUGACAAUACCGAUUUGCGAAUUAAAAUUAUAGACUUUGGUUUGGCUUAUUUGUCUGGCACAGGUAUUCCAUUUGAUGAACCUUUAAAUGUUGGGACAGUUCUUUACGCCUCCCCUGAAAUCGUCUUUGGGAAAUUGAAGACUGUCAAUUUUUCAGUUGAUAUCUGGGCCUUGGGAGUCAUUCUAUAUUAUUUAGUGUUCGCCGAAUAUCCUUUCAAAGGUGAGGAGAAUACAGACAUACUGCUGAAUAUCAGUGAGGGGAAUUACAAUAUUCCCAAAUAGGUGAGUUGGGAAUUAGUCAGCUUAUUAACUGAUUUGUUCAAUCCUGAUCAUGAGUGUAGAAUAACUUUGAAGGAAAUAAAGUAACACAAGUGGGUUAGAGGGUAGAUCCAAAGUAAUCACCAAUUGAGUAUUCCACUUUCAGAAAUGCCUACCACUUCAAAGGGAUUAUAGACUUUUGAAAAUUCUAUCAGAAAAACAAAAGAGGAUAUCCUACAUCAAAUUGAAAAAUAACAACUCAGUAGCAUCCAUUCAGAGAAACUCUAUAAAAGGUUAACACCCAAAUCAUGUAUGUAGAAUUUACUCAAGUGA